AGGUUUCAUUUGUUAACUACAUUAGUUAACGUGAAUUUAUUCAUUUAUUAAUCUUUGUUAAUGUCACCAUUUGUCAACUGUCAACAUUUUCAUCAGUUAAUGCACUGUGAACUAACAUGAACAAACAAUGAACAGUUGUAUUUUUAUUAACUAACAAAGAUUAACAAAUACAGAAACAAAUGUGUUGCUCGUGGUUUUUCAAACUAAUGUUAGCAAAUGAAACCGUAUUAUAAAGUGUUAUAUUUUCAACCAAAGCUGGUUUUGUACAUUAGCCUACUGUGUGCACUAACUAUCCAAUAACUAAUUUGUAGUCAAUUUUUGCCUGAACAAACCCCAUCUUGAGAAAAAAAAAAUUACUGGAGUAAAAAGUAUGAAAACUCUUCCUUAUAGGCUAGUUAUUUAUGGAAACUUUUAGAAGUCUUUAUGUAGCUAAGCUAAUACUGCCCUACAUCUGCAAAACAGUCCUCUGUAUCACCUUCUAGUGAAAUUCUUGCAGUAGAUAGUAGACCGACCGAUGAGUGACCUCUAGGACCGUCAUAGUUGCAAGAUCUCAGUACUGCCCCACCAAUGAAAUCUGGGCAAUGUCCCAAGGUGCAAAAUCACAGUACAGGCUCCAUUGCGACGGACGGAAGAGGGUGGAGAGCAAUGUGGACUCACGAGGAGAGAUAGUAGCCUACAGACUGAACCAUCCCGACACGUUUGUUCAUGUGAAACAUUUGAGGACGAACGCGGAUAAGAAUGUCAGUGGCAGGAUUGAAGAAACAGUUUCACAAAGCAAGUCAGUUGCUAAAGGAAAAGAUCAAUGGAGUUGAAGGAACAAAACUGGAUGAGGAAUUCCUCAACAUGGAAAGGAAAACUGAUAUUACCCACAAAAUGAUUCUUGACCUUGUUCCAAAAACUAUAGGAUAUCUUCAGCCAAACCCAGCAUACAGAGCAAAGCUCAGCAUGCUCAACACAGUGUCCAGAAUGCGUGGGCAGGUGAAGACUGUUGGCUAUCCACAGACAGAGGGCAUUCUGGGAGAUUGCAUGUUGCACUAUGGCAAUGAGCUUGGAGCUGAGUCUGGUUUUGGUUAUGCUCUGUUUGAAAUGGGAGAGGCUUUGAAACAAGUAGCGCAGGCAAGAAACAGUAUGGAUGAGCGAGUGAAACGAACCUUCAUUGAUCCUCUGCAGUCCCUGCAGCACAGAGAGCUGAAGGAAAUUGAGUAUCAUCUCAGAAAACUUGAAGGCCGCCGUCUAGAUUUGGAUUACAAGAAGAGACGUAAAGGAAAGGUUUCAGACUCUGAAAUGAACAUAGCACUCGAGAAGUUUGAAGAAUCCAAAGAACUGGCUGAGAGAAGCAUGUUUAAUCUCCUAGAGAGAGAUGUACAACGGAUGCAAAACCUCUCAGGUCUUUUAGGAGCAGUAAUAGACUACCACCGUCAGUCCUGCCAGAUUCUAGAAAAUCUCAGGAGCAAUUUGCAGAGCAGGAUAACAGAUGCAAGCAAUCAGCCCAAAAGGGAAUUUGCAUCUAAAUCAGUGAGGAGCACAGUGUGCUACACGGAUAUUUAUGGACUUUCCGCCUGCUCAUCAGGACAAUUAUCAGAUGCCCCGGUUGUGGUUCACCCUCCCAAGAAUGUCAAGAUAAACCCUCAAACAACAGAUAUGCCAACCAGCAACAACGAUAGCGCUCCCCCCUUGGGUCAGCCUUGCUGUCGGGCACUUUACAGUUUCCAGACAGAAAACCAGGGAGAGCUCAGCUUUAAGGAGGGUGACAUCAUCAUUCUGACCAACCAGAUUGACGAGAACUGGUAUGAGGGCAUGAUCAGAGGGGUGUCUGGCUUAUUUCCCAUGAACUACGUCAAAGUCCUUGUACCUCUACCACAAUGACGGUGGGAAAAAACUGCAUCUGGACAACAUGAACUUUUCAAUUCAACUUUUUGAUUAUUUGAUAAAGAAUAAUGUGUCAAGCACUUCUGAGCCCUGUAUAUUUAUCUGUAUGAUCACUAUGCAAAGUUAUCUACCCUGCCUUGUAUUCCUAAUUUGAUGAUAUUUUUUUUAAUGAAUCUCAAGAUGUUAAAUAAACAUGCUGCUAUAUUAAAGUUUUAAAUAUCCUUUAUAUUAUGUGCACUAUGAAUGUUGAUGUAUAUGAUCCUUCUCAAGCGAAUAUUUGUCCUAAAUAAAGAUAGAAAUAAAUCCCAAUGUGCACUGAACUGCAUUACAAUCAGCUAGCUUAAAUAUCCAGUGUUCUCACUAUGAAAUGAAAUUAAUAUAAAUCAAAUAGUAAAAUAAUGUAUGUUUACUUGCUAUUUAAGAGUACUAAACAAUAUUUAAACGCAUAUUUCUUCUCAGACGUGUUUAUUAAACAAACUUUGCAACAGAAACGCUGCAAUGACUUCUAGUUGCCCUCCCCACACUGGCGUUGAUGUAAUUCCGAAUUUUUGUCUGUUUUGAGCUCAGCGGCGCGCCGUAGUGGCGGUUCCUUACUGGAGCCACGGAUGUUCAAACUCUUGUUGAUAUGAAAAAGUUUUACUUUCAAAUAAAAGGAUACAGUUACUCAA